GCGCCGGCAGGAUGGCCGAGGGCAAGGCGGGCGGCGCGGCGGGCCUGUUCGCCAAGCAGGUGCAGAAGAAGCUCAGCAGGGCCCAGGAGAAGGUACUGCAGAAGUUGGGGAAAGCUGUGGAAACCAAAGAUGAACGCUUUGAACAAAAUGCCCACAACUUCUACCAUCAACAGGCAGAGGGCUGCAAGCUGUACAAGGACCUGAAGAACUUCCUUAAUGCAGUGAAAGUGAUGCACGAAAGUUCUAAGAGAGUAUCAGAAACUCUGCAGGAGAUCUACAGCAGCGAGUGGGAAGGUCAUGAGGAACUCAAGACCAUUGUAGGGAACACUGACCUCCUGUGGGAAGACUAUGAAGAGAAACUGGCUGACCAGGCUCUGAGAACCAUGGAAAACUAUGUUGCCCAGUUCACUGAGAUUAAGGAGAGAAUCGCCAAGCGGGGUCGGAAACUCGUGGACUACGACUGUGCCCGGCACCACUUGGAGGCUGUGCAGAACGCCAAGAAGAAGGAUGAGGCCAAGGUGGCCAAGGCAGAGGAAGAGUUCAACAAAGCCCAGACUGUGUUUGAAGAUUUGAACCAGGAACUACUGGAGGAACUGCCUGUUUUUUAUCAUAGUCGUAUUGGCUGUUAUGUGGCUGUCUUCCAAAACAUUUCCAAUCUGAGGGAUAUCUUCUACAGGGAGAUGAGCAAGCUGAACCACACUCUCUACGAGGUGAUGAGCAAACUGGAGAAGCAACAUUCCAACAAAGUCUUUGUGGUGAAGGGACUGUCAAGCAACAGCAGGCGAUCCUUAGUCAUCUCUCCUCCGGUUCGAACCUCUUCAGCAUCCAGCUCUCUGACCUCCCCGACCAGUGUCUCUUCACUGUGCCUGAGGAGCGAGAUGGGGUCUGUCUCAGCAAGUGAGGACGAGGUCAUGUCUGAAACAGCCCUGGAGGAAGACAACUCUGAGACCAAAGCAGAAAUGGAGGAGGAAGGGUCUACCAGCUGCUCCUCCCCCUCCCCCUCAUCCUCCUCAUCCUCUGCCUCCGCAGAAUCCUCCUCCUCUGCCUCCGAAAAGUCUCAGCUCCUCUGCAGUGGCCAGACCCAGGCCCAGCCCUCUCCCCCGAGUAAGGGCAGGGAGAUCCAGGAGGAGGUUUUCUCUGGUUCCCCAGAUCCAUCACCAGACAAGGCUCUGAUCCCCACAGAGCAGCCUUCGUCUGGGCCUGAAUUAGUUCUCCGAAGCCGCACCUCAAGCGAAGGAUCGGCACAGCAGAAGAAGAAAUCCUCUGUCCAGAGGUCCUCAGAGCCCCCUACUCGGCCACCUCCACCCAAAGCUACUCCCAGCCCCAGGUCCUCCUCUGGAAACGAACCCUCCAGCCCUCCAGCAGAGGAAGAGGAUUCACCCAGCAGCCCGAGGGUGCUGUUGGGGACUGGGACCCUCAGUCCCAAGACCUCCUCAGAGGCCCUUCCUGAUGCAGAGUCACCAGAGAAGCCAGUGGAAACACCUGAGGUCAGCGAAGAGAAGGAUGCUAACCAUCUGGAACCAGAACUUUCUGCUUCCCCUACCUCGGUGAAUUCUCAGAGCGAAGGUCCUCAGCCUCCUGACCCUGUGGUUCCAGAAGAAAGCAGCGUCGUAGCACCUGAACCUCAAGAAGUGGCAUCUGCAACUCAAAGUACUGAGCCCUGAAGAGCAACUGCUGUGGCCUCAGCAUCCAUACACCCCGUGAAGCUCCUCGGCCAGAGGGUGUAUGGGUUAGAGCGCGGACCAUCGUUCUUUUCUAGGUUCUCAACGCAGAUGCUGCUGGUCACUGAAGAGCUAGCGUUACUGGAGA